GAACGAUAGAAUUGUCAAGAAAAAAACAAAAUUGUUGAUGUUUGUGCUGUUUUGUAUGUUGUGAGUAGAUGUCACGUUUCCUUCCAAUUUUCUUCAAAAACAAGAUCAUGGAAAAUGGGUGUGCCGGCUGGUAAUGCUGAACUUGGGAAAAAAAUCUUCGUUCAACGAUGUGCCCAAUGUCACACUAUUGAAUCUGGCGGCAGAAACAAAGUGGGGCCCAACCUUUAUGGCUUUUUCGGUCGAAAGUGUGGACAGGCGCCAGGUUUCGCGUAUUCAGAUGGCAACAAAACGAAAGCAGUUAUCUGGAACGAGGAAACUCUUUUUGAAUACCUAGAGAAUCCCAAGAAAUACAUUCCAGGUACGAAAAUGGUUUUUGCUGGGGUGAAGAAAGCGGGAGAACGCGCUGAUCUCAUAGCCUAUUUAAAAGAAGCUUCUAAGUAGUUACUAUGGAUAUGUAGAAAAUUAGAAUUAAUAUAUUAUAUGCAUUGAAAUAUGUAUUAGAAAUAUUAAUAAAGAUUACUUUUUA